AUCUCUACCACUGACGUCACCGCAUGCGGAGCGCCAGAGACAGCGUGCUUCGCGCCGUGCGCGUGAGCCAACCGUGUCGCGGGCGAGCGGGACCCGCUAACGGGCAACGUAACGGACACCAUGUGAAGGAACCGAACCGGAACCGGGCGCGGCGCUUAAGUCAGCAUGUGCGUCUGAAAUAAUUGUGAAUCAUUAAGCCGGUCACUACCUCUUACCUUAACGUCGGUGAACGCACAGGUGCGCGCGCGCUCUAACCGCGUCUAUGGCGAUGGCCGAGCUGGAGCGGAAACCCUGCGCACGGGCGCCGGUUCGGGUCGGAUUUUAUGACAUCGAGCGCACUUUGGGGAAAGGCAACUUCGCUGUGGUGAAACUGGCGAGACACCGGAUCACCAAGUCAGAGGUGGCCAUAAAGAUCAUAGACAAGACCCAGUUGGAUGCUGCAAACCUGGAGAAGAUCUACAGGGAGGUGGAGAUCAUGAAGCUGCUGGACCAUCCGCACAUCAUCAAGCUUUACCAGGUCAUGGAGACCAAGAACAUGCUCUACUUGGUAACGGAGUAUGCCAAAAACGGGGAGAUCUUUGAUUACCUGGCUAGCCAUGGGCGCUUGAGUGAGGCAGAAGCACGGAGAAAGUUCUGGCAGAUCCUGUCAGCCGUGGAGUAUUGCCACGAGCGCAGCAUCGUCCACCGAGACCUGAAGGCUGAGAACCUGCUGCUCGACGCAAACAUGAACAUCAAGAUCGCAGACUUUGGCUUUGGGAACUUCUUCCAGCCAGGGCAGCCUCUAGCCACUUGGUGUGGCAGCCCACCUUAUGCUGCUCCCGAAGUGUUUGAAGGACAGAAAUAUGAAGGUCCACAGUUAGACAUUUGGAGUAUGGGAGUAGUCUUAUAUGUUCUGGUGUGUGGUGCAUUACCGUUUGAUGGUCCCAGUCUGCCUGUUUUGAGACAGAGGGUCCUUGAAGGCCGUUUCCGCAUCCCUUACUUCAUGACCGAGGAUUGUGAACAUCUGAUCCGGAGGAUGUUGGUCCUUGACCCGGCUAAGAGGUUGGCUCUAAGCCAGAUUCGUCAGCACCGCUGGAUGGUGCAGGAGGUCCCAUCCCCAAAGCCCCAGCUCAACCAGCAGAGCAUGGGGGAACAUAGCGAGCAGGUCCUUCGUCUCAUGCACAACCUCGGCAUCGACCAGCACAAGACCAUUGAGUCUCUCCAGAACAAAAGUUACAACCAUUUUGCUGCUAUCUAUUACCUGCUGGUGGAGAGACUCAAGGCCCACAGAAGCAGUUUCCCUGUUGAACAGCGGCUCAACGGUGCCCAGCGCCGGCCAAGCACUGUGGCAGAGCAGACUGUCCUCAAGGCUUCUGUUCCAGCUCUGCAAGCCACGCGCCACCUGCGAUCACCCGUUCUUCUGCAGACCUCCACUGAGACGUUCAACUUCGCUCAAAGCACUUCUUCUCCAGAGCAGGCCCUAAUGGAGGAGGAGGAGGUGGCUACUCCGAAGGUGGAUGGGUGUCUACUGGAGCCUUUGCCCCCCGUUGUAGUACGUAAUGCUAGCGGCCCGUUUCCGGUCAACGUCACAGAGUCAUCCAUAGACGAAGGAAUCGAGGCUGAAGAUGAACCGAGCAUCCACUUAAGCCAACAUAGACAAACAGUGUCAGAAGGCACUAAACAACUGGGCACGGUGUCUGCCUCAGGGAAGCUUCUCUCCAUGGCUUUGAACCCAUCUCUGGGUAGCAUGGACUCGGAGUACGAUUUGGGCUCUACAAACAGUGACCUCAGCCUGGCUGAAGACCCUCCACCCCAUGGAGGCACGCUAACAUCGAUGCCUACAGGUCAAGCAGACCCCACCUUCCCCUGCUUCCAACCUUCUAACGCCACCCCACAGGCCCUGAUCUCAGAGGAACGUAAAGCUCAUAAUCAUUCAUCGGUCAGCUUUCGGGAAGGACGACGUGCGUCGGACACUUCUCUCACGCAAGGUCUAGACGUUUUUCGGCAGCACCUCCAAAAUCUUGCCAGGACCAAAGGAAUUCUGGAGUUGAACAAAGCCCAAGUGGUGUUGGGAUCAGGCGAUGGAGACACCAGCUUCCAGCCUAAAAAUCUGGAGCUUCAACAGCAGGGAGAAGCACACCAGUGUCGUAGUGGAAAGGACACAGCAGUGUUCUCAACAAAAAUGCACCCCUAUCUGCUGUCUAGACGGCAGUCGCUGGAAACCCAAUGUCUUGCUCAGAGGCUGCAGAGGGCUAGUCUGCUGGCCAGUGGUGCUGGCAGUGGGCAAAUGUUCUGCAAAGAUCCUAUCUCUCGUACCCUGGAGCAGCAACUACAGGAAUACAGACUCCAGCAGAAGAGGCUCCAUCUACAGAAGCAGUCUCAUCUACAAGCAUACUUCCACCAGACUCAGCUGGCAGAGGACCGGUACCCACCCGAGCAGGAUCACGCCGAUACCUCCCUCACCAACUUGACAUACUCUCGUACACCUCAAACCCUCAGUCCUCUCUUGGAGCCUGGCACCCCCUAUCCAGAGACGCACUCCGUGCCCUCGGACUGCGAGACGACAGAGACUCAACAAGGAGGCUGCGUUCUCGUGAAGUAAAAGAUCUUCCCUUUCCAGCCAUAUACACUGGGGCUGGAUCUCAGAAAUAAAAAUGGGAGAACAGCACUAAGCUCCCACAGACAAGCAAAUUAGUAUGUUAGUUUUGAAACUUAAUGAGACACACAUCCCGUCGUGAUCCCGAUUCCAGAGUACGGACUAAGAAGGACUCGUUUUGACAACUGUAAAUGUGGUGUAUCUUUGCUAAAUUAGCUAGAAAAGCACAAUAGGAACACAUGGAUUAGGAUUCUGAUCUGUGUCAGUAUAAAAGCAAUAUGUUCUCCCAGAAAAGACAGUUUUAUGCUUAUUUAAAUUUAUGACAUUUUCAAACUUGAUCAAAUGCUAUUUGUAACAUGGGACAGUCAUCUCAAGAAGCAGAAAAGCUAUAGUUAUAAAGUCCUACAGCUUUAAUAUUCGGUUCUACUUAAAGCCUCGUUAUACUUCGUACUACAGAUACUGUACGUCUGACAGCCAACUGAAACAAACCUCAGAGAGCCAAAAGUCUUUCAGAACAGUUGGAGGACCCUAGCUGUCCAUCAGUCAAGAUAAUGGAUAUGCGAACGUUCACAUUUUAUCGUCCAUUUGACUGAAACGGUGGCAUUUCGUCUGAUGCCGUUCCUGCCGCGCUCUAUCCGAAGUGCCUUUCCAUGGCUCGGAAAGGCAUCGGAAGUCCGUUCAGAUGAAAGUAUACAGUAAGUGGGCCUUUAGGCACUUUUAAAUGUGACAGAAAGAAACGUCUGUCAAAUCAAGCAAUUCACUAGUCACUCCAAAUGACAACUAUGAUGUUAGGGUUGUUUCAUUUACCUGGUAUUAAAAAAAGUCAUGCACUUUCUAGUACGCUUACAUCACAUGUUCUAUUAGAUACCCCCCCGUUAGGUAGUUACACACUUAUUGACUGUAUCCCACAUGAUGCUGUGACCAUGUGACCACCGUAAGCACAAUUUACCAAAUAUUUUUCGGUGGUUGAUCCUCUUCAGAUUAGCAGUGACACUGAUGUGAUAGAUAGUGCAUGCUUCACUGCCACAGGAGUUCAACGGGUAGCCCGCAUCGAUGCACUGGAUUAAAGGGGCGGUGACAGAUUAUGCAUAGAAACAAAGUCACUAAUUGUUUACCAAGAAAUCAAUCACAAGUCCAAGGAGUCUAGAACGAGGCCAUUUCAGAUUCUGAGUUUACUUAGUCAGGAUGUACAGUACUUAAUUUUAGUCAUAAGCAUAUCGUUCUCUCUCUUGUUUUGUUUUUUUAAACAGAACUAAAGUCCAAUAUGUACGUUUUAGAGGAUCGACGACGUACGAUACACGGGCUGAAUCCUUAACGGCUUCCUAUUAUACCCCUAAAUUCCUGCUCCGUAUAUAUUUCAACUGCAUAUUGUGUGAAUGAAAGGCUUCUAUACCCUAGCUGUGUCUUAAAUAUAAGGCCUCUUGUUGUUACCGUACGAGAAUAUUUACUAUCCCAAAGUAUAAUAGCAAUACAGAACAUUUCAGUAAUAGUCCUGACACCUGACGUAGGUGUUUGUAGUCAUUGUGUUUACUUUUUUUGCCGGUUUACAAAAACGAUCUCACGGAGAUUCAGUAGAAUUUGUAGUCGAUCUUUUGUUGGCUUUCACUUUGUUUGAAUUAAAUGUGAAAGACACUUAAAAGAGAACUCGUAAGUCUUUUGUUCUCUACCUAUCCAUCCAAUAUUCAAUAUUUAGCAUACCUAUGGUGAUAAAUGAUGUUUGUUGAUGUUUGUUGGUCCAGUAUAAAAAAAAAUAUAUAGCUUGCAUAUCAAAUCUUAAUCCAAACUUCGACAAGCAGCCUGGUCAGUUCACAGCGGAGAACUCAUUGGAUUUGCAUCCUUAAGCUCUGACUGACCCCAAACCUUAUUAUAGCAAACAAACCCCUGGACAAUAUCAUGACGGAGGGCAAUCUGCUACAAACCUGCUUCUUUAAAUAAGCUGUAAGCCAUUAUUGCACUGCAGGAGAGUUGUUUUAUUUCUUUCAUUGUCAGUUAAAUUCUGUUAUAGCAGCGUGCUUAUUUUCUACUUGGGUGAAUCCAUGCUCCAUAAAUCCAACUGGGAACCUUCUUAGUUAAUCAGUGAGUUCUUCUAAACCUGUUUUUUUUUUUUUUUUAUCUUUUCGUCAGUAUUGAUAACACUAUGAUAAAUAAAACCAUAGACAAUGUAGGACACACUCAUUCUAGAUAAAGCCCGUACGGGACACGUCAAACAUCCGGUGACUAUAAAGCAAGGACAGAAGUUCUACCAAUGUGUCAAAACUCUUAAUUUCUCUUCCAGGGGGGGAAAAAAAAACUUUCGAUUUUAAUCCGUCUGGCCUCGAAGGGGUACAACACAGAAACUUUUGUGGCUCUUACUGAGAAGCUUCACAUCAUCACAUCAGCUACAAUACUUUGUGACCUGCGUUGCCAAUCACAAGGCUCUCCAGUCUAUCCCGACAAGAAUUACAUCUAGUGGGUCCUUUUCCAUUGUCCCUUUACACCUUUGAUCUCAGUAAAGUAAUAUCCUCAUUUGGUUAGCACUGCUAUGCUAAUGAUACUCAACAUGACACUUUUCCUCCAUCAGACACUGAGGUUUCAGCUUGUAUUUCAUCCUGCCAGGCAGUCAGUGGAAGUCCCAUAGGAUUGAGCUACUGCAUAUAACAUCUAUAUUUCAGUAUCUCCCUGGAGAUCUGGUCAAAAACCCAAACUUUAGUGUAGUUCUGGACGACGGAUCCACACCAAGUGCUGUGACCCCACACUAACUUCCUUAAAACACAGAAUUGCUCAUAUAAAAAGCCAAAAAAACUCUGCAACAUGGUCAGUUCGAGAAUUACACAUCGUUCCUGAGUCCAAAAUACACAUCAAGACUCCUGAUUUUAUUUUAUAUUAAAUAUUCUAUCUUUCUGGAAGGCUUAAAUAAAGCGCUGGUUGCAUCGGUGAAUUCCUUUCCAAUUCCAAUAAGCAGGCUAUUCAGUGAUUGGUUCUAAGCAGUAAAAGGUUACCUCCAGUUUUUUUUCCCCUCCGAUUUUCCCAUGAAAGGCUUUUUUUGAAUGCAUCAUUAAAUGUGCACGAAUCACAUGGCAAAACAGACCACCAGAUCCAACAGUUUUCCUUAAAUAGACACACAGAGUGACACUCCAAAAGGAGAGUCGUGAUGCACUGGCAGCGGGUUGUUCAUGCACACGUCUGAACAUACAAUGGCCUGAGCAGAACAAAAGCUUGUAAGCUUUUGAGAUUGCUAUACCUCGCUGCUGACAGAAAAAAAAAAGCCAAUAGUUGAUCUUGAUUGAUGUUGACCUGUACAUCAUGAUGACCUUUUUCUAAAAUAGUCAUCAGAAAUAAUCAAAAUCUACAGAAUUUAAAUAUAUUAUAAAUCCUGGCACACUGACUGGGGUCCUAAAACAGAGGGAAAUAAACCCAAAAUUAGAAAGACUGAUCUUGUAAUCCAAAGUAAUAAUGUGGUGCAUUUACGUCAUAGCUCUUACAGAGUAACUGGGAAUAAAUAAAUAAAUAAAUAUUGCCACUUAGCAUUUGACUCACUGAAAAAAAUGCAUGUGAUCAAAAAGUAAAUAAAUAAAUGGAAAAAAAAAGAAA